AUGCGUCCAGGAGCCCACGAAUGCCGCGCAGGCGCCCAUGAGACUCCCGAACGCCGCGCAGGCGCACAGGAACUCCCGAACGCCGCGCAGGCGCACAGGAACUCCCGAACGCCGCGCAGGCGCACAGGAAUUCCCGAACGCCGUGCAGGCACAGGGGAACGCCAGCACAUAGAGAUUACAGUUUUCUUAGAGAAGGAGACCGAUUACCUACUGUAUCUUCAGAAGAAUAAUCUUACAG